UAGAGUAAAGUAAGUAGGACCAAAAGAACAAUUUACAUGAUGACCAUAAUAACAUACAUGAAAACAACACUGAAAGACUGCAGAAUUCAAAAUAAUGCAAGGACUGGUUGGAACUACACAAGACUUGAUGGUAAGACAUGCAUCCUACCUGUAUCAAAGAGGAAGGGGACAGUAAAUGAGGAAUAAGACAUAUUUUCUGACAUGGCCAAUGUAUUGAUUUGCUUUGCUUGACUACUUUUACACGGGAGGUUAUAUUGUUGGGUAUGUAUGGGGGAAUUUGCUGGGAAGUGACAGUGAUGUUAAAAAAGCAUUAACAAAACAUUUUUAAAAGAAAAAGAAAUAAACACAUUGAUGGGGUUCAUAAGUUGCUCAAUUCAGUUAAAUUCAAUGAGCAGUUAUCAGGAGCCUACUAUGUGCUAAGCACUAUACCAGGAACUGAGGAUAUAGAGACAAAGAAAUAGUCUCAUUUGUCAAGUAAAUACAAAACACAGAAUUUCAGAGAAGGUGAAACAAAAUAUUAAUGAAGCUUUGAGCAGAUGCUGAUCCAUUACAGGCUUUCAACUUUGGGCAGUUUUUAAAGGACCGAUGAAUAAAGUAUUUGUAGAAUGCAAUGCUACAUUGUGAGGGCUUAUCUAGUAUCUUUGUGUCUGUUUUUUCAAGCCCUAGAAUUGCAGUUAUCCCAGCAGAGUUUUCCUUUUAUCCUAUUUCCUACUUUGUGAUUAAUCAGCAAGAUUUUGUUUUGGAUGUGGCUUUUAAAGAGCAGAGCAAUUGUUUUCAGUUAACCUGUAUUCUUGGAAGGUAUCAUUGAAAUAGAGAUUAUUGAUCUUGGUGACUGUCAGAUUAAACAGCACCAUGGCUGUCGUGGCUUUCAGAAAAUUAGUGCACAAUUAGGGGAGGAUUGGAUAUUUACUGAGGAUUGUUAGGGGUUUACAUGUUUACUAAUGUGAUGAAGGUAUUGAAAGAACCUUACGUAAUAAUGCUGUGAACAAAAUGAGGACAGUUGAGGUACUUAAACCCAAGGUUUAAAAAGAGGAAUGAAAGGCAAUAUCUAUAUUACAGAAACUGCCUGAUGGGGCAUGUUCCAGAAACCUUGAGAUAAUUACGGUGGGGAAGAUUUAGAAACUGGUUCUUAAGUCACUUAAAGGGUACAAGGAGAUGGUGAAGAGAUUUAAAAUGGCCCUGGAGAGAGAGAGAUGGACUGAAGAUGAAGAGAAGGAUGUGCUAGUAGGGAAAGAGCAUCUUGCCGCUCAACUCAACAACUAUGAGUAAUUGUUAGGGAUGGAAAACAGACUAUUGGCCUGCCAGGAUAGAUACAAGGGACCUAAUAUGCAGUUAUGGCCCUUUUCGGAGGGGCAUCGCUGACCACCAAAUGAGGUACACCUCGAGUCCUGGUUAAGAAACAGCACAAUUGAUGCAGACAACUGCAGAAAAAUGGAGAAAGAAAAUAAGGACCCAUGGAGAGCCUUUAAGAAAGAAUACUGAGUUUAAAGUCAGAGAGCCUGUGCUUGGAUCCUUGUUCUAUCACUUACUACCUGAUGACUUUGGGGAAGUCACUUGACUAUCUGAGCCUGAGUUUCUGUAUUUGUAAAACUAGGAGGUCUAGAUGACCACUAAGAUUUCUUACAGCUCUGAGCCUAUGAUCAAUUGACCCUAUGAUUUAAUAGCUUCAGCUCAAUGGGACCUUAGAGAUCACUAGUUCAACCCCCUCAUAAGGAAGAAGAAAAAUAAGGAGGAAGAAAAGUGAUUUGCUCGAGAUCACACAUUAAGGGGCAGAGUCCACAUUUGAACCCAGGUCCAACACUGUAGCUGCGUCUUUCACAUGGAGGAGAGAAGUGGACAUUUGAACCUAGCCUUUGGGAGAGGAACUGUCAGGAAAGGGGGUCCGUGCAUUUCAGCAGCCAUGAUUUGGAUCCAGCUCCUCACCAUACUUGAAGCCCUUCAGGAUAAACCAGGAAGCAGACAGCCUGGGGGUGUGGGAAGGGAGCAGAGACAUAGCUCCACCUUCCAUCUGGCCUGUGGUAACCUGAGCUCCUACUCUCAAGUGACACUUAAUAAUUGAAGGUGAGUGGCUGCCUCUCCCCUGGAGCAUCUGUCUGUGCCCUUCAUCUCCAUUUCCCCCAGCCUGGGGCUUCUCCACUCCUGUCCUAUUGCCUGUGCCAGCCUGUGUCUCCAGAUCAGGUAAGAAGGAGCUUUAGGAAGCCUCCAACCCCAAGACCACAAAGUUAUAUAGUGAUAGAGCUAGGAGUAAGAAUGUAGGAUUCCUAACUUAUUUUUUUCAACCUCUGGGAGUGGAAAAUGGCGUUUCUCAAAGUUCCCAAAUUUGGGAAGGAGUCACUUAUUUAGCAAAUCUAGAAAUAUAACGAAAAGAGUUCUGUGUUAGGAGUCAGUAGUCUUAGGUUCCAGGCCUGGCUCAAUGUGUGACCUUGGGGUGAGUCCCUAACCCUAAAUGCUAAAAAAGAAUAUUUACUAACAGCCAGGUGCCUUACUAGGGAGGCUGGCACAUAAGAGAUUCCACAAGUUGGACCAGUCCAGAGGAACUCUGAGGUCCUUUCUGUUAUUCUGUGGCUCUAGUUCCUACUGGCAACUGAUAAGUUGCCCUUAUCUCUCCUAUCCUUUCCCUCCUGCAGGAUCCUGAGGGAACAAGAACAUGUCUCCUGCCAUUGCUCUUGCCUUCCUGCCACUAGUAGUGACCCUGCUGGCCAGAUACCGCCAUUACUUCCGGCUACUGGUCCGGGCUGUGUUAUUUCGGGGGAUUCGUGAUUGCUUGACCGGACUACGGCCUGAGGAGCGUGCCUUCAGCUAUGUGCUGACCAAUGCCCUCCCUGGAGACCCUGGCCACAUCCUCGCCACCUUCGACCACUGGAGCAGCCACUGUGAAUACCUGGCCCAUCUGGGGCCUCUCAAAGGUCAGAUCCUGACCCGCCUAGUAACACAACAGGCCCCAGAGUGUGUGCUAGAGCUGGGUACCCGCUGUGGCUAUGCUACCUUGCUCAUCGCUCAGGCCCUGCCUCCAGGCAGCCGGCUUGUUACUGUUGAAAUGGACCCGCGGACAGCAACUGUGGCAGAAAAAGUCAUCCGGCUGGCAGGCUUUGAUGAGUGCAAGGUGGAGCUGAUUGUGGGGCGCUCUGAGGAGGUGAUCCCCCGCCUAAAGGUCCAACACAGACUACAUCAGGCUGGACUGGUGCUUCUGGGGCACCGGCCUCGCUGCUACCUGCGGGACCUGCAACUCCUGGAAGCCCAUGCCCUGCUGCCUGCUGGUGCCACUGUGCUGGCAGAUCAUGUGCUCUUCCCUGGAGCACCACGCUUCCUGCAGUACACUAAGGCCUGUGGUAGAUACCACUGUCGCCUCCACCACACUGGACUCCAAUACUUCCCUGCCAUCCGUGAUGGUGUGGCCCAACUCACUUACUUGGGGCCAGGCUGAGGAAGGUCCAUCUUGUUAGGAUCAUAGGAUGGAGAGCUGCAAAGGACCCCACAGUCUAUAUAGUUCAAACUCUCAUUUACAGAGGAGAAACCUGAGGCCAAGAUCAUAUAUAUAAGUAGCAGACUGGGAUCUGCACCCAAGUUUUCAGACUCCAAAUCCAGCCCUCUGCUUACUCUAGCAUGCUACCUUCUGCCACAUGGUACGGUAGAAAGUGCAUUGCUUGCUACAGGAGAUUCUGGGAGAGAGACUGAGGACCAUAAAUGGCAACUGAUAAGGCUCUCUCACCAUUCUCUCUGCUUCUCCUCCUUUGUCCAGUCAGGGUCUCCUGUCCCACACCUACCUGGCCCCACUAAGGCCUGGGCUCAACUUUGCCCCAUGGCCCUCAUAGGGGUUGGGAGGCAGGAAGGAAAGAGGCCAGGAGGAGGGGAAAUCAAAGUAGAAAGAGCAUCAGUGUAAAGAAAGAAAACUGGACUUGGAGUGAAGAGAUCCAGGUUUGAGUCCCACCUCUAAGCUGGGUGACCUUAAACAAGUCACUUCACUCUCUGAGCCUGUUUGCAUAUCUUUAAAAUGGAAUAAUACCUCUGCCACAGGGUUGAUGUGAGCAAAGUGUUUGUAAACUCUGAAGCACUAUGGAAAUGGAAGCUAUUAUUAACUUCCUUCUCCCGAGUCAGUCCCUAGCUUACUUGCCUGGAGACUCACUGAGGUGCCCAUAUUCCUGCCUCUCUCCCAAACAGGCAGGGGUAGAAGUUUGGAAAGCCAUGUCAGGAAGAGCACAGAAUCAAUUUGUGGGGCUGUCUUCCACACUCAUGGACCUUUCCACCCAUUCCUUCUCUUUUCCCAAGUCCAAGAAUCCUCAUUCCCCUUCUCCAGCCCUUGGGCCUCCAAGACUUACACUCUUCUCUUCUGGCACUUACAGGGUCUUAUGGAAAGGAGAGAGUAAAGGAAAAGGGGAUACAGAGUUUGUAGAAUGGAAAGAAUGCUGGACCUGAGGGUCAUAGGGUUAUAGAAUGUUAGAGCUAGGUUUACAGGACAAAACCGCAGGUCAGAGAUAGUAGCUGAUCUGUCCAAGGUCACAUAGCUAAUAUGUAGCAGAACCCAGGUCUUCUGAUUCAUGGUCGAGUCUUUGUGCUACACCACAUGCCAUCACAACAAGCUUCCUCACAAGUCAGAAGCCCUUGUCUGAGUUUUACUUAUUAGCUGAAUGACCAUGGACUUGGACUCCCCUUCACUGAGACUUAUUUCCUCAUCUGGAACACAGAGAUAACAAUACUUGCACUAAAUAAUUCUGACUCCAGUACUUUUUACAUGCUAAGCCACUACAGAAAUGUAAGCUAUUUUUAGUUCCCUUUCCCCUAUCUGUCCCCAGCAUAAAUGUCUAAGCCCUUCUACUAGGCAAGAGCACUUAUGUGGUACAAAGGGAGAUACACCUAUCCUUGCCUAAAACCCAUGCUGCAAAAGGAGAUCUGGCCCUGAAUCCCUAAGGUUAAUAAUCCUUUCUUAACUCAUAUAAGGCCCCAAGUCCUGGGACUUUUAGGGCCUGCUCUCAGUCUCUGGCAAGAUCUCUAUGUUCUCCUUAAUAACUCACAUUUUUCUAGUAACAUAAGGUUUUGCAAAGCACUCUCCUAUACCAGGCUGUGAGGUAGGUACUAUUAUUAUCCCCAUUUUACAGAAACUAAGACGACCAAGGCCCAUAGUCACAAAACUAUGAAUACUGGAACUGAGAUGCAAUUCAAUUCAGUUAGCACUGAGCACCUCCUCCACGUCAGGCACUAUGCUGGGUGCUGUGGAUACAAGACAAAAAUGAGCCCAGGACUCUCUGGAUACCAAGUGGAGUGCCCUUUCCACUAGGUCAUCCUGUCCAGAAG